AUGAAGGCAACGCACGGCUUCGGAGAUCAGGUCCGACCUUGUGCGUGCUUAUCGUCAUGCCAUGCCACGGACAACGAAAUCUUAGAGAAUGGCUUUAGUGGAGGCCGACCCAGCCCCGCACCCGUACCAGAGACGAGCUUCUCUAUCUUUGAGCGCAAACCUUGGUCCUGUGGUGUGUUUUCAUCCUGUCAGGGGGAUCAGAAGGAGGGAUUUGAUGUUCACAUCCCGGAGCUGCCACAAGUCGAGAUUGGGGGCAAAGGCCAUCUUUCAAUUGCGCCAUCUGCAGCUUGUUCCCGGCCCAUACCAGAGGGCUUCAACCUCCCGAAGACAGAGCUCUUCUGGACCAAUCAACGUGGGCACAAGCUCCACAUCCGCCACUUUGGGCACGAGAAUCCCUUGGCGCUGGUGGUUCUCAUUCAUGGCUAUGGCGCUCAUAUGAACAGUCCGCAUGUGUACCAGACAUCUUGUCUAUAUGCGAAGUCCCUGGAGGCAGAGAUCAUGACCUUUGACAUGCAGGGUCAUGGCUAUUCGGAAGGGCCGCGUGGUGCCGUGGCCAGUUUCGAUGACAUGGCCGAGGACGUAGAGUCGUUUAUGCGGCUGAUUUACGCUGCCAGAGAGACCCAGGGCCCAGACUUUCGCCUUUGCCCCACAGACGCCCUUCAAAGGAUGCAAAAGCUACCCUUCGUUUUGGGUGGUGAGAGCAUGGGAGCCGCUGUGGUUCUUCUUGCAGGCUUGCGCCUGCAGGGGAAGCCCAUCCCAAACGGCUGCUUUGGGGGGGCCGUGCUUCCUGCUCCCGCAGUGCGGGACCCGAGCACAGGCAAGGGCCCUACCUUGCUGACGCGUUCACUCUGCUCCUUGGUGCGUUUGUCCCCCGCUUUGGGUGAAGUCGGGGUGCCGAAAGCAUUUCUCCCGAAAUUCACGGGAGCAGCGAUUUUCGAAGAUGCCACUUUGGCAGAUCACUUUGAUCGUGACAAUAGUGGAUCUCAAUCAGGAUCUCUCGGCUUUCUACACACGCCAAUGAACGCACGGACCGGCACAGCUUUCGUGGAGAUGUUCCAGAAAAUGCAAAGGGUGCUGCCCAUGGUGAAAUUCCGAGUCCUCAUCUUCCACGAUCCGACAGACUCCAUUGUUUCCUUCCACAAUGCCGAGUGGAUCUCGGAACUCAUUGCGAGCACAGAUAAGAAGCUGGUACCAAUUCCUGGAGGCUUGCAUGCACCGCACUUCAACAGACUUGACGUUGUGCUGCCUCACUUCCGCGACUUCCUGCUCCGACAGGUGAAGAAGGACACUCCAUCAGAGUCGGCUCUGGCAGAAGAAGGCCGUGAAAGUCAAGGUGCAGAUGCUGAGACGGAUUUGAUCAACGCCAUGUCCAAGUGGCCAGCACCCGCAAGGACUGCUCCUGAGGUGUCCUUGCUCUUCUUGCUUGCCUAUGCGGUGUGCUGUACUUCGCCAUUGUGGGUUUGGGCUCUGGGCGAAGGAUGGGCAGGCAUUUCGGUGCUAGCCGUCCUCGAGGCUACACUGUUCCUUCUCUUCGCGUGCACUCUUGUGGCCGCCCUGCGGAUGACUCGGCUUCUGCGUGCAAGCAACCGAAGGGUGGCCUCCUCCGCGCAGAGCCCGGAGGUUGCUACCUGGCAGCACCUGGUGUGCGUGCCUGUUUACAACGAGCCAGACGAGGUUGUGCUGGCUACGCUGAGCAGACUGAACAAGUCUGCAGCCGCCCCUCGAAUGCGGGUUGUCUUCGCCAUGGAGGAGGCCGCUGACAGAGUUGACGAGCGCUUUGAGCGCUACAAACAAUGCCUAUCGCGCAUCCCGGAGGUCUGCUUCUACGUGCACCGUGUUGGCGCGGUGCAAGGUGAAGUCAGAGGUUUGUGUUCCAACCUGGCGCAUGCCAUGUCCGUUGAUGUCCCCAAGCUGGUUCAUCGGUGCAAUGGUAAUGUGGAGGAUUUGUCCAAAUAUGUGUUCACCAAACUCGAUUCCCAAGUGCAUCUCCCUCCGAACUACUUCGAAGAGCUGGAGGCGUCUUGCCAACGAGUGGGUAGUGAGGCCGUUGUAUUUCAGCCUCUCCCAGUCAACCUGGUGAACCGACACCUUAGUCAUGGCCCAAUGCGGGCCAUUGCAGCUGCUCGGACUUUCUCCUACCCGAUUCUUUUUGCCUUGAACCUUAUGACUGUCACCUGCUACAGUGUGCCACUGGUGCAGUACAUGAAGAUGGGCUUGACUCAUGCUGGCUACCUUGGUGAGGACAUAAUGAUGCUGGCGCAGGCGGCCGCAACAGGUGGUGGCCGCGCUCGUAUUGUCGUGCUUCCGGUCCUGGUGGGGGUUGCACCCCCUGUGGGCACUACAUUGUGUGAGGCUAUGAGGGCAGCAGCCCAUCAGAGUUUGCGCUGGGCUGGUCAGACGGCAGAAGUGGCCGAAUUCUGUUGGCGGUUCAAGGCUUGGGGGAGCGCUUGUCGAAAUCUCUGGUGGCUGCUGAAAUACUGGCUGAUACGGUGCUGGCUUUGUUCUGGCAUCGGGCUUUUCAGCUUUCUCCUUCUCCUGGCCGCCUACACUUUUGGUUCCAACCUCCCUGACGAGCAAGCAACAAUUCUCUCGAUUAUGGAGAAGAGCAUGUCCGCACUGGUACUGACGCUCACCUUGGUGAUGCCCUUCUAUGAGCAGUUCAACAUUUCCAACCAGAAUCUUUCCCUGGCAAAAGUGUUCACGACGGUGCAUGUUGGUGUUGGCCUGGCUUCAGGCGCCCUCAGAUCCAUCUGCUGUUUUCACUUUGAUGCCGCGCUGUCCGGACUGUGUUCAUGCAUGUUCUUGCCACUGGGUAGCUUCGGCUUUGCGGUACUCGUCGCGCUCGGUUGGGGGUAUGUGUUCCCACGGGAUCUCCUUUUCGAGCUGCUUCUCUUUGCCACGCCCACGUGCACCUCCUGGAUGCCGUCCGACGGGAGAACGUUGGGCUCGUCUGGGAUCAUCUCCUCGUCGCUGCUGCCUCCAUCAUCGGCUUCUGGGGGACACUGGAAUCAUGAGCCAGGAGGUCCCCAGACACGACACGGAAAAAAAUACACAAACGAACGCAUAAACAAUAACGAAAAACAAGCCCAUGCUUCCGGCCACUCGCUGGCACUUCCGCACUUCAGAGUUCGGGCAGAGCUUACCGGAAGAUAG